AUGGCUCCUUCACCUUUGAACCCAAAAUCCCAUUUCCAUGCUCGCUCAAACAGCUUGCCAUCUAGAUCGCACCCUCUUGUUUCUCAGAUAGAUGAACAUCUCUCCAAGUUGGGAACCACAGAAGCUACCUCUUCUUCAACAAGCAACGGCGUAAAUGCCCUUAAGGAUUUGUAUGAUUUAGUCAACAAUUUCCUCCUCCUGCCUCUCACACAAGUCUUAGCCGAAGAAUGCAAUGAAAGGCAGGUAGCUGAGUUGCUUGAUAAGUCUCCCAAGCUCAUGGAUGUGUGUAGCACCACCAAGGAUGCCUUGUUGCAGAUCAAGGAAGACACACAACAACUUGAAUCCAUUUUACGAAGAAGAAGAAGAAACGAUGAUUCCACUCUAUCAAACCAGGUUGGAGAGUACUUCAGCUCGCGGAAGAAGGCAAACAAAGUGGUUCGAAAGUCCUUGAAACAUUUGAAGAGUUCAAGCAUAGUCUUGGACAAUGAAACUGUGGCCACAACCAGCCUGUUAAGAGAGGUGGAAGAAGUUACCCUCACAGCGUUUGAGUCUCUUUUUUCAUACAUUUCCGGACAUUCAAAGCCAAGCGACUGGUCACUGAUUUCCAAAUUGAUGCACUCCAGAUGCGUGUCGGUGGAAGAGAAUGCAACAGAGUGCAAUGAAUUUGAGCAAGUGGAUGCAGAAUUAUACAAUCUUCUUGGUCACAAGACCAGAAAGUGUGGUAGCAAUGGUGCUGAGAAUGCAGUAAAUGUGUUUGGGAAAUUAGAGUCCAGCAUUCAAGAUCUUGAAGAAGGAAUGAAAAAUCUUCUAAGGCGUUUGAUCAAAGCUAAAGUGACCCUGCUCAACAUUAUCAACCAUUAUUUGUUGUAA